AUGGACCAGCGCGCUAGUGCCUUGCGAUCGCUGCUGCUUCGCCCUCUGCCGACCUCCACCCGACCCUCCGCCAACUGCCUUGGCCUCGUCAGACCGUCGUCGCCCUAUUGGGUCGUUGCCGAAGCUGCUGCCCGCCCUCCGCCCGCUUGCUGCUUGCUGAAGCUCGCGGCCAUGGCUGCAGCUUUGCUGCUUCCGGCCACUUCUCAGGCCUCUAUUGGGCUUUGCAACCUCUUCCACAAACGAGUUCCCGGAUUAUCAUCACUCCAAAAAAUGACAGUUGCAUUAAGGAUGCUCGCAUAUGGAUCACCUGUAGAUGCUGUGGAUGAAUAUGUUAGGAUUGGCGAAAGUACAUCAAUAGAGAGUUUGAAGAAGUUCAUGAAAGCAAUAGUUGAAAUAUUUGGAGAGCAAUAUUUGAGGUGCCCAAAUACUAGUGACAUCGCAAGGUUGAUGAGUCAUGGGUUUCCAGGAUCAUUAAACGAUAUUAAUGUGCUAAAUAGAUCCCAUGUAUUCUCUGAAUUGGCAGAAGGUCGCGGUCCUGAAGUUUCGUAUACUAUCAAUGGACAUGAAUAUACCAUGGGAUAUUAUUUUGCCAAUGGUAUAUAUCCCUCAUGGCGUACUUUUGUUAAAACCAUUCCAUCUCCUCAAGGGAAUAAGAAGAAAUAUUUUGCUGCACAACAAGAGUCUGCUAGAAAGGACGUCGAACGAGCAUUUGAAGUCCUACAAUCACGAUUUGCAAUAGUACGUGGACCAGGACGUAUGUGGGAUGUUGAAACACUCAAAUAUAUAAUGGCGUCUUGUAUCAUAUUGCACAAUAUGAUAGUUGAAGAUGAACAUGAUACAACUCAUGAAGAUGUGGAUUUCAACUAUGAUGCAGUUGCUGCUACUCCAACAAUUGAUUUGUCUCGCAAUCACACAAGUGAAGUUAUGGAGUUCAUACAAGUUCACCAUCAAAUUCGAGACAAACAGACUCAUGUACAACUCCAAAAUGAUCUUGUUGAGCAUUUGUGGGAAUUGUAUGGUAAACAUUCGACUUGA